AACAAAGGCUGGCUGGCGGCGGCGGCGGCGGCGGCUGCUGCUGCUGCUGCUUCUUUGGAAAACCCUUCCUUGGCUAGGGUAGUUCCAGAGUGCAGUGGCUGAGAAGGAGGGGGAGGAUUGGAUUGGAUUGGCUACAAUUGAAUUCAGAGUCUCUACUUCUAGUACUACAGUACCGUCGGCUUGUUCCUACUCUGCAACUGUAUUUCAAAUAUGGUUACUGGCGCAGUUGCUGUUACUACUACUAGUACUACUAUUAAAUCCUUCCUCUCCUCCCACUCCAUAUCCGAGCCUGAUAUCCCCCCUCCUGCUGGUGCUGCUUCCGUUGUCUUCUUUCGAGGAGUCGCUUCUUCUUCCUCUUCUUCUUCUUCUUCUUCUGUCUUCAGACUCCUCCCUCCUCAGUUCCAUCGUUAUCCUCUUCGCUUUCCUCGUCCUCCACCCUCUCAUCAGCAUCUCAUAAAGAAAUCGACCUUUUGUUGUUCCAUUACUAAGAAUGCCCUUUACACCGCCCGAGGCCAGAGCCUUUCUAUCUCCAGGCCUACCAAUUUGGAUUUGCCCCCUGGACGGAAAGAAAAUCACGACUCGCAAAACCACCGCGAUGCCAUAUCCAUUGUCAAUGAUCGGAUACGCCGGGAUCACGCCAGCAAGAGAGAUGCUUCGAGACCUCCCCUCAUGGACUCCAAGGAGGCGGAUAGAUAUAUUAAAUUAGUAAAGGAGCAGCAGCAGAGGGGUUUGCAGAAAUUGAAGGCCCGUACGAACGCUGCCGAUGCCGGUGUUAGAGCUGGGUUUAGCUACAAGGUCGAUCCCUACACUCUCCGCUCCGGGGAUUAUGUCGUCCACAAGAAGGUGGGAAUUGGACGAUUUGUAGGGAUUAAGUUCGACGCUCCCAAAGACUCCACUGAGCCGAUUGAGUACGUCUUCAUUGAGUAUGCCGACGGAAUGGCCAAGCUUCCUCUUAAGCAAGCCUCUCGCUCGCUCUAUCGAUACAACCUCCCCAAUGAGACUAAAAGGCCACGGACCUUGAGCAAAGUAAGUGAUACUAGUGCAUGGGAGAGGAGAAGGAUAAAAGGGAAGGUUGCCAUUCAGAAAAUGGUUGUUGACUUGAUGGAAUUGUAUCUGCAUAGGCUAAAGCAAAGAAGGCCUCCUUACCCAAAGAGUCCUGCCAUGGCUGAAUUUGCAGAUCAAUUUCCUUAUGAGCCUACACCAGAUCAAAAGCAGGCUUUCAUUGAUGUUGAGAGGGAUUUGACAGAGAGGGAAACUCCAAUGGACAGAUUAAUUUGUGGAGACGUAGGGUUUGGUAAAACUGAAGUUGCACUGCGUGCUAUAUUUUGUGUGGUCCUAGCGGGGAAACAAGCUAUGGUACUUGCACCGACAAUUGUUUUAGCAAAGCAACAUUUUGAUGUUAUUUCAGAGCGCUUUUCAAAGUAUCCCAAUAUCAAGGUUGGACUCUUGAGCAGGUUUCAGACCAAAGCAGAAAAAGAGGAGUAUCUGCAAAUGAUCAAACAUGGGCAUUUGAACAUUAUUGUUGGAACUCACUCGCUUCUCGGUAGUCGUGUUGUGUACAAUAAUCUAGGUGUCCUUGUGGUUGAUGAGGAACAGAGGUUUGGUGUCAAACAGAAGGAGAAGAUUGCUUCAUUUAAAACUUCAGUUGAUGUUCUCACUCUUUCUGCAACACCUAUACCAAGAACCCUAUAUUUAGCAUUGACUGGGUUUCGAGAUGCCAGUUUAAUUUCAACACCACCUCCAGAAAGAGUUCCUAUAAGAACCCAUCUUUCGGCAUACAGUAAAGACAAGGUAAUAUCAGCAAUUGGGUAUGAGCUGGACCGUGGUGGCCAGGUUUUCUAUGUUUUGCCUCGUAUAAAAGGACUUGAACAAGUGAUGGAGUUUCUUCAACAAUCAUUUCCAAAUACUGAAAUUGCUAUUGCUCAUGGGAAGCAAUAUUCAAAGCAGCUUGAAGAAACCAUGGAAAAAUUUGCACAAGGAGAAAUUAAGAUUCUCAUAUGCACAAACAUAGUAGAAAGUGGGCUUGACAUCCAAAAUGCAAAUACCAUCAUAAUUCAGGAUGUUCAACAAUUUGGCCUUGCACAAUUGUAUCAGUUGCGUGGAAGAGUGGGGAGGGCGGAUAAGGAAGCUCAUGCGCACUUGUUUUACCCUGAUAAGUCUCUGCUUUCCGAUCAAGCACUGGAGAGGCUUGCUGCUCUUGAAGAGUGUCAGGAUCUUGGACAAGGCUUCCAACUUGCAGAAAGGGACAUGGGAAUUCGAGGAUUUGGUAAUAUUUUUGGUGAGCAACAGACAGGGGAUGUUGGAAAUGUAGGCAUUGAUCUCUUCUUUGAAAUGCUCUUUGAGAGCUUGUCAAAGGUCGAAGAACACCGUGUUAUUUCAGUUCCUUAUCUAUCUGUACAGCUGGAUUUGAACAUAAACACUCAUCUCCCUUCUGAGUACAUAAACUACUUGGAGAAUCCCAUGGAAAUAAUUCAUGAAGCUGAAAAGGCUGCUGAAAAAGACAUAUGGAGUUUGAUGCAAUUUACAGAGAAUCUGCGACGUCAAUAUGGGAAAGAACCUUACUCCAUGGAAAUUCUAUUGAAAAAGCUUUACGUCAGAAGAAUGGCUGCAGAUCUAGGUAUUUCAAGGAUCUUUGCUUCAGGAAAGAUGGUUGGCAUGAAAACAAACAUGACUAGAAAGGUUUUCAAGCUCAUAACAGAUUCCAUGGCAUCUGACAUUCACCGGAAUUCUCUGAGUUUUGAGGAGGACCAAAUUAAGGCUGAACUUCUACUAGAACUGCCAAGAGAACAGCUGCUCAAUUGGAUCUUCCAAUGCUUAGCUGAACUUCAUGCUUCACUACCGGCCCUUAUAAAAUACUAGGUCUCUAUCCAUAGUCAUUGUUCAACUGACUUCAAAUUUUAAAGGCUUCAAUGCCAUACAUGUAGAAGACGAACUUGAUAAGUGGUCUACGAAAUGGAACUCAAGAAUCCACCUGUAUUGCUGAAGAUGCAGGGUGAUCCCUUUGAUGUAAAGGCUCAAGAUCCCCUUGUAGAGACCUUAAUUCUGCGCCAAAUGCAAUUUGCGGAACCAAAUGAGAUUUGAGAUUCCAGUCAGAGGAAAUGUUGGAUCAGGAGUCAGGACUGUGUUGAAGUUGUUCGAUGUGGUGUUCUAUCUUUAUGCAUACCAGUACAGAAGAAGAGAGAAUGCAAGAGUGUGUUGGCCUGGCCAAUCGCAUUCGUAUGCUGGGCAGGCAUGGCAUGAAUUUUGGAGACAUGAACUGAUCCUGUGGCAUGUGCUAUAUGUUACAUGUGGUAGUUUGCCUAAUUUUGAGCUUGGAAGAAUGAUUGGCCUCGCCUCGCUGCACCAUCAAGCCUAUUCUAUUUUGAAAAUUGAUGUGCCUGCCGAUUUCCUUAUUUGUGCUCAUUGUAAAUUAUAAGUUUCAUUUCCUUAUUUGAAAUGCCGCAUACUGCUUGUGCUUGUCCUAUUAUUCAAAAGCCCAUAACUGAAACUAGAUGUUGUCUCUAGCUCUAGCCUGUCUUUUGAAACAUUUUCUAUCCUCCAAGCCAGUAAGUAUAAUAUUUGUUUUACAAUUAAGAAGCGACA